AUGCCGGAAGCAUACCACGCCCACCCAGACUAUGGCUACCCGCGUGACUUCAAGGGUUACGGCGAGAAAGGUCUUGCCUGCCCAUGGCCCAACGACGCCAAAAUCGCAGUCUCCUUCGUCAUCAACUACGAGGAGGGCGGCGAACGAUCAGUCCUAGCAGGCGACGGCGUCUCGGAAACCAACCUCCGCGAGAACCCCAUGGGCCCCGCAAAGUACAACGAGCGCAACUACAGCGUCGAGUCAGAGUACGAAUACGGCUCCCGCGCGGGUUUCUGGCGUCUCUUCCGCCUGUUCAACUCCCGCAAGAUGAAGUUCACUCUCUACGCCGUCGCCCAGGCCGUCGAGGAGCAGCCCGAGGUCGCGACACGGUGCGUGGAAGAGGGUCACGAUGUGGCCUCACACGCCUACCGCUGGAUCGACUACCAUGACGUGCCGAUUGAAACGGAGAAGGAGUACAUCCGAAAGUGUAUCACUUCGCUCAAAAGUUUGACGGGGUAUGCGCCCAAGGGGUGGUACUACGGUCGCAACUCGCCGCACUCGAGGACACUUGUGCCGCAGGUGUAUGAAGAGAUGGGAGAGGAUCUUGUGUGGGCGAGUGAUACAUAUGCCGACGACGUGCCGUACUGGAUUGAUUUGCCCACUGAGCGGGAGAAGGCUGAUCCAAAGGGGUGUCUGAUGGUGCCGUACAGCUAUGACUGUAAUGACUUCAAGUUCCACGUCUCGGGUUCUGGGUUCCGCGAUCCGCAAGGGUUCUACACGCAUUUAAAGAACGCCUUUGAUGUGUUGUAUGAGGAGGGUCAGGAGGGGAUGCCCAAGAUGAUGACGAUUGGGCUGCAUUGUCGUAUUGUUGGUCGGCCGGGGAGACUGGCUGCGCUGAGGGACUUUGUGGAUUACAUUGCGAAGAAGGAGGGCGUUUGGGUUGCUACGAGGACGGAGAUUGCAGAGGCGUUUAAGGCCAAGUAUCCCUAUAAGAAGGGCCAGCUAGCAUAG